CGCUGAUCCGGAAACUGCUGCAGGUGUAGUGACAGCAAUCAGUGAGAGGGUGAGUAUUGUGUGUAAUACAGAGAGAGUGAGUGAGAGAGAGUGUGUAAUACAGAGAGAGUGAGUGAGAGAGAGUGUGUAAUACAGAGAGAGAAAUACAGAGAGAGUGUGUGUGUGUAAUACAGAGAGAGAGAGAGUGUAAUACAGAGAGAAAGAGUGUGUAAUACAGAGAGAGCGUGUGUGUAAUACAGAGAGAGUAAUACAGAGAGAGAGUGUGUGUGUGUAAUACAGAGAGAGAGUGUAAUACAGAGAGAGUGUGUAAUACAGAGAGAGAGUGUGUGUGUAAUACAGAGAGAGAGUGUAAUACAGAGAGAGAGUGUAAUACAGAGAGAGAGAGUGUGUGUAAUACAGAGAGAGAGUGUGUGUAAUACAGAGACUGUGUGUAAUACAGAGAGAGACUGUGUGUAAUACAGAGACUGUGUGUAAUACAGAGAGAGUGUAAUACAGGGAGAGACUGUGUGUAAUACAGAGAGAGACUGUGUGUAAUACAGAGACUGUGUAAUACAGAGAGAGAGUAAUACAGAGAGAGAGUGUGUGUGUGUAAUACAGAGAGAGAGUGUGUGUAAUACAGAGAGAGUGUGUAAUACAGAGAGAGAGUAAUACAGAGAGAGAGUGUGUGUGUGUAAUACAGAGAGUGUAAUACAGAGAGAGAGUGUGUGUAAUACAGAGAGAGAGUGUGUGUAAUACAGAGAGAGAGUGUGUGUAAUACAGAGAGAGAGUGUGUGUAAUACAGAGAGUGUGUGUAAUACAGAGAGAGAGAGUAAUACAGAGAGAGAGAGUGUAAUACAGAGAGAGUGUGUGUGUAAUAGAGAGAGAGAGUGUAAUACAGAGAGAGAGUGAGUGUAAUACAGAGAGAGAGUGUGUGUAAUACAGAGAGUGUGUGUAAUACAGAGAGAGUGUGUGUAAUACAGAGAGAGAGUGUGUGUAAUACAGAGAGAGUGUACUACAGAGAGAGAUAGUGUGUAAUACAGAGAGAGUGUGUGUAAUACAGAGAGAGUAAUACAGAGAGAGAUAGUGUAAUACAGAGAGAGAGUGUGUGUGUGUGUAAUACAGAGAGAGAGUAAUACAGAGAGAGAGUGUGUGUGUGUGUAAUACAGAGAGAGAGUGUGUGUGUGUGUGUAAUAAAGAGAGAGUGUGUGUAAUACAGAGAGAGAGUGUGUAAUACAGAGAGAGAGUGUGUAAUACAGAGAGAGAGUGUGUAAUACAGAGAGAGUGUGUAAUACAGAGAGAGUGUGUAAUACAGAGAGAGAGUGAGUGUAAUACAGAGAGAGAGUGAGUGUAAUACAGAGAGAGUGUGUGUGUAAUACAGAGAGAGUGUGUGUGUAAUACAGAGAGAGAGAGUGUAAUACAGAGAGAGAGUGUAAUACAGAGAGAGAGUGUGUGUGUGUAAUACAGAGAGAGAGAGUGUAAUACAGAGAGUGUAAUACAGAGAGAGAGAGAGUGUAAUACAGAGAGAGAGAGAGUGUAAUACAGAGAGAGUAAUACAGAGAGAGAGUGUGUGUAAUACAGAGAGAGUAAUACAGAGAGAGAGAGUGUAAUACACAGAGAGAGAGUGUAAUACAGAGAGAGAGAGUGUGUGUAAUACAGAGAGAGUGUAAUACAGAGAGAGAGAGAGUGUGUGUAAUACAGAGAGAGAGUGUGUGUAAUACAGAGAGAGAGUGUGUGUAAUACAGAGAGAGUGUGUGUAAUACAGAGUGUGUGUAAUGUAAAUGGACAAAAUCGGGAUACAGCUGAAUGACUAAAAAACAUAAGAAUACAUAGUAUAUAGUGAAGUACCGUCACAAUAAUAAAAUAUAAACUUCAAUGAUUGCACUCACAAAAUAGUGAUGGAUAAUGCGCCUUUAAGCCCUCAAGGGCUGCAAUGGUAUUCACCCUCCACGAAUAGGUUGCUCUGUCUUCAAAGAAGCAGUACGUGGGAAAGACUAAGAGACCCUUGAAAGUACGUCUCAUGGAACAUAUAAACAAUAUAAAAAAAGGUAUGACUACUCAUUCAGUGCCAGUUCACUGUAAUACGUGCCAGGCCUUCAAUUGGAGAGACUUCAGGGGCUGUGGUAUAGAACAUGUGUCCCCUCAUUGGAGAGGAGGUAAUAGGGAAUUGAAAUUAGCACAACGGGAGACUUAUUGGAUCUAUCAUUUGGACACUCUGUCACCUAAAGGUUUAAACAUCGAUGUGGACUUGGCUAGCUUUAUGGUUUAAAGUUUUUAUCACCAAGUAAGUUGGGGAUUUCCAUCCUCUGCCCUUUUUUUAUAUUCAACUAUACUUACAGUUGUAUAUAUUUAUUUUUUUAAUCAAUUUUUAUUAUUAUAUCAUAUAUUUUUCAUUUGUCUAUUUUAUUUUUAUUAUUUCAUAUUUAUAUUUAUUUUUAUUUAUAUUUAUUUUUAUUAUUUAUAUUCCUUUUUUUCAUUUUUUUCAUUUCUUUUUAUAUUUUUUUAUUUUUAUUUUUUUUUCCUUUUUUUAUUUUUUUUUAUUUUUUUAUUUUAUUUUAUUCUUUACUGUUUGUUUUGUACAUAUUAUUAAACUUUUUUUAUUAUUAUUAGUUAAUAGAUCUCUAUUAAUAUUUUGUUUCUUUGAGGCAGAGGAUUGAAGUCCUUUUUUCAAAUCUGAUGUGGUCUAAUUUGUAUUAUGAGAAUGGUUAUUUUAAUGUUCAAAUUAUUCUAAGACUGCUCCCUUUAGUUUUCUUAGUAAUUCAAAGGGCUGGCCGUUUGGAACGCAUGGGCCCGAUCUUGAAACGCAACGUCAGUGGCUGUGACGUGCGUGGCUAUUUCGCCGCCGGAAAUGCAUGUGUGGAACGCAACCGGAAGUUGUUAUUUGGAACGCAGAACAUCACCGGACGGAUUACCAGCUGGUUUUAGCCGCGAAUUUUAAGGUGGCGAUCACCUGGAAAAUAUUGAUUUUAUUGAAGAGGGACUGCCUACAAAGGAACUCUCCAAUCAACAAUCGGACUGGUUAUAUUUAAGGGACUCUGUUGGGGGUGGGAUUAUGCAUGCUUUGUAUUUGACAUAUUGUGUAUACUGCAAAAAAUUCUCUCUGAUGAAGUCCAAUUUGUAUGGACGAAAUGCGUUAGAUGCAGUAUUAUUUGUAUACUUUUAACUAUUGAUUUUUUGAUAUAGGCUUAUUAGUGCCUUUUAAUAAUAAUAAAAAUAAAAAUAAAAUUUUUUUUAUACUUCACUGGCAUACUCCCACUUCUUUGAAGACAGAGCAACCUAUUCGUGGAGGGUGAAUACCACUGCAGCCCUUGAGGGCUUAAAGGCGCAUUAUCCAUCACUAUUUUUCAUUCAGCUGUAUCCCUAUUUUGUCCAUUUACAUAUCUGCAUUUGAGGUUCGUUUGGGGGAAACCUCUUGGGAAGCUGCAUUCAUCUCAUACCAAGUUAAGUACCCGUGCAUAUUCCUACCACUGUGUUGGUUAGGUGCAUUUGUAUUUCUUGUGUUUGUAUUUUUUUUCUUUUUCUUUUAAUAUAGAGUGUGUGUAAUACAGAGAGAGUGUAAUACAGAGAGAGUGUAAUACAGAGAGAGUGUAAUACAGAGAGAGUGUAAUACAGAGAGAGUGUGUGUAAUACAGAGAGAGUGUGUGUAAUACAGAGAGAGUGUGUGUAAUACAGAGAGAGUGUGUGUAAUACAGAGAGAGUGUGUGUAAUACAGAGUGUGUGUAAUACAGAGUGUGUGUAAUACAGAGUGUGUAAUACAGAGUGUGUAAUACAGAGAGAGUGUGUGAUACAGAGAGAGUGUGUGAUACAGAGAGAGUGUGUGAUACAGAGAGAGAGUGUGUAAUACAGAGAGUGUGUGAUACAGAGAGUGUGUGAUACAGAGAGAGUGUGUAAUACAGAGCGUGUAAUACAGAGCGUGUAAUACAGAGAGUGUGUGUAAUACAGAGAGUGAGUGUGUGUAAUACAGAGAGUGUGUGUUAUACAGAGUGUGCUUUAUAUAAACCCUCUAUUGUUAUAUAUGCAUUGUUAUACCAUACUAGAGAAUUCUAUUUAUAUUAUUUAUAAAUCUAAUACGGCUUUCAUCAUGUUUAAGUGUCCUUGUUACAAAGGGGAGACUGAAAUAGAGGCAGCAUGGGGCUACUCUCGGAUCCAAACCGCCGGGAGGCCCUGUCCCGCAUUGUUACCCGUCUGAACACCCCUCUCUGGUGAGUAAACAUUUCCAGACAGCUACUCCAAGUCAUCUUAGUGUUAAUUAUAUUUUAUUAAUUAGAAUGUUAUUAAAUGUGCCUCAGAAUAUUAGUGUUUUUUUCUUCCCUUGGUCUCCACUAUUUGCACUCACCUUAAAGAAAGCAUCACUUAAGCAAAGGACAGUACUAUUCUUAAGGUUCUUCAUUAUGAUUGGUUGGUCAUUCUGGAAUACAAGUGGUAGAUAUAAUGUAUCCUUUUCCAUCAUGUCUUUUACAGCAUCAUCUGUUAUCUGAUUGGCCUAGGCUGGUUUCUGGGCCUGGCAUUUCAUCCAUUUACCCUGCGGGCUUAUAUAUCAGAAAACUCAAUGGGAUCCACCAUGGUGGAAGAGCAGUUCGUGAGUGGUGACAGAGCUCUUUCCUACGCUCGGGAGUUUGCAGCACACAAAAAGGCAACAGGGUAAAUCUUCCCGGGAAUUAAGAUAAGUUAUAGGGGUUAAUUUAUACAUGACAAGGUGGCACAGUAACAUGGCAGCCUCAUUCACUGGUUCAUCAGCGUAGAGUACAGACCUGUGAUAUGUCCUGUAAUGUGACAUAUCGCCUGGUAUUUUAUUUGUUUGGAAGUAAGCACAGUACCGCGCAGACCUGGCAAGGAGGGAAGAGAGCAAUUUGAAGGGGAAACCCAGGCAAAAGAAGCGAACAGACAGAGCAUUAGGGAGCGCUCUAGUAAGCACAGCAACGAAUAUUGGCCUAUAAAAAAAAAACACAAAUAGAGAAAACAGCACAGAGUUAAAUGAGGACAUUUAUCUGUACAAUGACACUCUCUCAUAGAGCAGCAAAGUUCCUCUUCAGUAGAACUGGUGUACUGACUGAAUACUUGCUCUGAAUGUCCCCACCUGCAGGGGGUCUCCUGUUUCUUGGCUGGAAAGGACAAUGCGUGGCCUUGGAUUAGAGGUGUACACACAGAGCUUUGUGCGCACUCUGCCCUUUCCUGAUGAGGCAACAGAAAGAUACGUAAGUAAUUGUUCAUUUAAUUCCUGAGAAGUGUGACAGUGGGUGUCUUAUAGUAAUGAAAUUAUAUUGUGAUAUAAUUUCUCUGGAGGGUUUUCAGUAGGAAAGUCCUCUACUGGUCACUGGUAACUGCUUCCUUAAAUGAAUUCACCUCUCCCCCUCUUCUUGUUUGCUUGCUGAGUUUAGUAAUCUAUUUUUAUGUUGGCUUUUUAAAGGGUUACUACUACUCCCCUGUAGCGGUUAGGGUGCCAGGAUGCCCAUAGUGCUGUCUGUUAUGUGUGCUUAUUUGGGCAGAUUGACCCAAACCCCCUGCAUGUGCCAGUAAGCUCUUUGAAGUACAUAUUGCAAACUUGAAAAUCACAUUUCAUCUUUAACAAUACUCAUCUUGACCAGUUUGGGGCAGCAUUCAUUGACUAAUUGUGUUGGCUGACAUCUUUAUCUGAUGAACUCCAUCCAAAUCUAGACGGUUAUGGUGCCUAGAAUGCCCCUUUAAAAUGUUAUUUUUGGUACCUAAAGUUAGAGAAGUCCAUGGAUGUGAAUCUUUAGCUGCUCCAGCAAUCUGGAGCAUCUUGAGCAUGUUUGUCAGUCACCUAAGUUUUUCAAAAGUUUAUCGUAUAAUGUUUUUAUAAAUUGCCUUUAAAUACAUUUUAUGUUCACCCAAGUAUGCGAUGCAGACCAUUAUCGUAUUUCUAAUUUCUACAAAUUGUUCCCAUAACAAAUACUGAUAAAAUCCAUCUUGUCCUGUGUUAAAGGGACACCUUAGACCCUCAAAAAACCUUAGCUUGCUAACGUGCUUUAUGUGUACAGUAUGUCCUCUUUGUUUCAAUUUACAAAAAGUGCAUAUUUCAAUAGAACUAAAUUCAAGAGGCAUCAAUUGCUCACAGCAACUGCCUUGCAAAGACUUCACCUGCAUUGGGAAGCUUGUGAUUGAACAGAAAGUCUAGCUGUUAUGCGAUAUACCUCCAAAGGAAAUGCAUAAUUAAAGGAACACUUUAGUGGUAGGAAUAUAGAUGUAUGUGUGCCCCCCUUCCCUAGGUGUAAAGGGUUAAAUAAAAACAUUUAUUUUGCUCGUCCUCUGCCAGAAACUAGAGGCAGCCUGAACCCUGCAAUGCAAAAUUGCUAUUUCUCCAAAAAAUGCAGUGUUUUGCAAGGAUACGGGAACAGGAACAUUGCACCCAUACCACUUCAAUGAGAUGAUGUGGUCUUGGUACAUAUAGUGUCCCUUUAAAUACAUACAUGUUUGUAUUGGAGGUAUAUCCACUUAACAGUGAUUUUUUUUUUUUUUUUUUUAAUGUCCCUUUAAGGUUUGUGGCGGCUUAUUUUAAGCACCCAUCAUUAUUAUUACUAUUGUUAUUGGAAUUUAUAUAGCACCAGCUUACUCCGCAGCACUUUAUAAUGUUACAAAGGGCGACAUUUAACAAUAAAUAAGACAAUUACAAAAUGUUACAGGAACAAUAGGUUGAUGAGGACCCUGUACAAACGAGCUUGCAGUCUAGAGGCAGAACUUUAUAAAGCAUCUGUUUCCAACCCUGGCCUUAUAGCUAUUGUUGGACUACACACCACAACAUUAACUGAAAGCCCAUUGUUUGCAAAGAUUUAAGGUGCAUCUAUUCCAAACUCAGCCGUCUUGCUAGGUUUGGACUUCACUACUGUGUCUUACAGAAAUGCUUUGAAAAAUGCUGGCAUAGUGUAAAAAUAUUCAGAUUGUUUAUUAGUUAUGUAUUUAACCGUUUCUCAACACUUCACAAUAUACUGUGUUUUAAUGCAUUACAGGUGUAAAUAAUACAUUAUUUCUACAGUAUGGUGUCUCUCUCUAUUUUAAACAUCAAGUAGUGUCUCCCAGACUGUGAAACUACAAUAAAUACUUUAGAAUGGAUUUUUCAAUUUGCAGAUAAGAUAGAAUGUUGUCUACUUUUACUGGUAUAGACUGAAUACUAUCCUCCUAACUCUAGAUUGUAAGCUCUGCCGAGCAGUUUCCUCAUCAACAUAUUGGUUUUGAAACAAUUUAUAAUGGUCUCAUUUAUUGUUAAAUUUCCCCCUUUAUAAUAUUUUAAAGUGCUACAGAACAUGCUUGUGCUAUGUAAAUGCAAAUAGUAAUAAUAAAUGGUAGUACAGUUCUUGUGCAUUAAAAUGGCUUGGGAAGGAAUUGUAUCUUUCAUGUUUCAUUCUUUUGUAUUGGUGAGUUUACUAAUUUAUAUUCGUUGCUGCAGAUGGUUAAAGGCACCAAUGUGUACGGCAUCCUGAGAGCCCCACGGACAGCCAGCACAGAAUCUCUGGUCCUGAGUGUGCCCUGCAGUGAGGGCCAGAACAAUAACCAGGCUGUGGGCCUCCUACUGGCACUGGCCUCAUACUUCCGAGGUGAGACAUUUGUGCAGUUAAACGUAGGAUGUGAUACAGGAACCCCGAGCGAAGACAUAAACUUACAACCUUUUAUUUAUUUUUUAAAUUAGCAUUGGCUGCAUAAUCCAGCGCAUCCUAUAUGACGUUCCUGGUUCUGUCUCUUGGGCUAGCUCUAACCAUUAAAAAAAAUAAUAAAAGCUCUGACAUGCACUCCUAUAAAGUUUGAACAGCACCGAUUUCCAAAGAUCUGUUUUACUCUUCUAAUUCUUUGGAAAAACAUGUGCAGCUAAUAGAAUUCUUUCCUGUUUCAUGUCCUUGUAUCCAUAGGGCAGAUCUACUGGGCUAAGGACAUCAUAUUCCUGGUGAACGAGCACGACUUGAUCGGGAUGGAGGCCUGGCUGGAAGGAUAUCAUGAUGUAAAUGUUACCGGUAAAUAUUGAGGCCAUUGCACCAGCCAGCAUUUUCAUAAACGGGCUAGUAAUGGGUUAAUCAGUUGAAUUAGUUUGUUUACUGUGAUAGUGAUAUUUUUGGGAUGGGUAGGGUAUUUAUUCACAUAACACUCCAAACACUCCACGUUUAGGAAUGUGAAGGAUUAUUAAGGCAACACUAUAGUGUCAGGAACACAAACAUGUAUAGUGGUAAACUAACUCUUUAGGUCCCUGGCCCCCUUAGAUCGCAUGGGAAAAUAAAACUUUUUUCCCACAUCGCAGUGGUCUCGCUGCAACUAAUCUUGAUGAUCUAAGCCAAUCUAAUGCUUUCCCACUGUGAGGCUGUGCUGCGCAUGCUAUCUCUAUCCUCAUAAAGAUUAAUUGAAUCAAUGUAUCUCCAUGGGGAAUGGACGUGUUGAAUGCCAGUGCUGCACACUUCAGGGACAGGGUAUAGACACCAGAACCACUACAUUAAGCUGUAGUGUCCCUUAAAUGCUUCUAAGGGUAAGUGCGGAUUUGUUUAACCCCUUAAGGACCAAACUUCUGGAAUAAAAGGGAAUCAUGACGUCACACAUGUCGUGUGUCCUUAAGGGGUAAUAUUCAUUUUUGCCAAUAGUUCAGGGAUACAUAAAAACAUCAUCAUAUAAAGACACCUGUGUGGGGGUGGGGCUUGGCUCUGAAGGAAGAUGGGCGCUUAAAUCUUUCCUGCUCCACUGCCUCGUGUAAAUUUGAGCUAUAAUCCCAAUACAUCUGCUAACAAUGGGAAAAACUCAGACCCUCCACCUCCCAGAAGGUUCCUGAACCCAUAAAGGGGUCUCUUACCCCAUCACUCUGCCAAUACCUCUCAACACCGGGGAACCUGGCGUCCCAGGCCGUGUCAGAGGAGGCCUCUGAUGAUCAGGGUGAUGUUUCACCAUAUUUUUCGCCGGAGGAUCGGAUUUCACUCCCGGACCCUAUUGCGAGCCCUGCUGACUCGCGCUGAUAUAGCAGCACACUCCAGACCUCAAUAAGAGCUGACAUCCAGGCACUCCGUGAAGACCUCCAGGGCCUGACCGAUUGAGUGGUCUGCCUGGAGGCCACAUGUCAUAUGCUCCAGACGUACCAGACGUAUCAGUAGAUACUUACUGAUUUAUUUACUGCAUUAUCUAAUUGAAAUAUAUAGUGUAUACAUAAGUGUUUUAUCCCUUUUCCGUAAUUGGUACGUGUCUAGGGUUAUCUUGGAGCACUCAAACACACCCUUAUUAUAUUUGUCAAUCUUCAGUACUCUGCUUUCCAGGGACCCAUCAACUAAAAUAGCGUUCAUUAGAGCACUGUGCCCCAGUGGCCUGUCAGAAGCUCCACCACAGGAUAUGAUUUUCUGCCUUGAGCAGUUUUCCAAAUGGGAGGCUAUCCUGUGAGCUGCUAGAGAGGCUAGCACAAUUCACCACCUUCAAUCCGAGCUCCAGCUCUUUCCGGACCUCUCACCUGCCACGCUCCACUGUAGGAGGAUACAAAGACCUCUUACCCGUACCCUACAGUCAAAUGGGGUCAGAUACAGAUGGCUCUUCCCAACUGGACUGUCCGUUACUGGCCCUGUGGUGCUCUGAUCUCAUGCCGACCUGGUUCAUCUGGGGACCCUGAUCUCCCUUCCACCACUGAACCUGAUAUGGCCAGACCCGACAGAGUUCUUCUCACCGUCAACAGGCCGUACUACUGACCUACCACAGAGGUACCGCAGACCCCGCCAAAUGACGUCCAGAAACCCAGCUUAAACUGCUACCACCAAUACCCGGGCAGGAUCCCAUGUGCCUACAAGUCCCUGCUGCGGAAACGUCCCCUGACCUGCCUGUGAUCUCCCCUCUCGUUACCCACUUUUCUUGUGUUCUACGCUUUCACCACCAUGCUGCUUCCUUAUGACUUGGUAUGCAUUGAUAUAGAAAUCGUGUUCUUAAUGCAUGUUUAAUUUCCGUUGAAUGGCGUUCUGUUUCUGUUUAUGGUUUUUUUCCACAACUAGCUGCAGAACGCCUGAUGUUUCCACACCUAGCUACUGUGCAUGUCAAAUUCCGCCCUCACACUCACCUAGACACACACUGCAAAUAUAUCCCCCUACAACAUUGUUAUGCCCAACUGUGUAUGUUCUCUUCCCUAUGGCGACAAUGACACGCUGUGCGCAUUAUGAGGGCCUACCAGUGUCCCACUUAUGCUAUAUUCCUCACCCUCUCCCACUCCUUCAUCUCUUCCCCCUCUCUCCUACCCCACAGCCUGGAGCUGAUGCCGAGUGAUACACUACUCUCUUGGCUGAUGACAUUGUAAUGCAUCCGCCAGUCACUGCACACUGGAUCUCAUGGUCAGGAUAGCAGCUAUCUCGCUGUGCUGUUCACCUGGUUUACUAUGAGCGGAAUGUUGUUAUGGUUUUUACACUUUGCUCUCACUGUUGUACAUGAGCCUGUAUCUCUAAUGCUUUUAUAUCGCACAAUGUUUAUUACUGUUUAAAUGGGCUCUGAACUUGACCUACGCUCGAUUACCUUUUAUAUGACACCACGUUCCUAGGCAUCGCACACAGAUGAAGCCUACAUAAUGGGUACCGCUAACAUGACCUGACUACCUCUGUAGCUCCAAUUUUCUAGCUUCGGGAUUGUCAUACUGUUCGAGGAGCUUUUAGACUGAGGUAUUGUGACACAAGGAAGAUACUUGUUCCACGAGAGCUUUACUUCUUAACAGCUAUUCACCGGACACUUGAACCUUUGCUGACCCCCAAAGUUUUAUUAACUAAUACUAUUAGAGAGUGUGGGCUUCUCACACUCAGCUGGACCAAGUGGGAUCCUCGACCCACCUCGGUCACUCCUACCGAUUACGACUUGGGGUUCUAUUAUUCCCACCUCGGUCACUCCUACCGAUUACGACUUAGGGUUCUAUUAUUCCCACCUCGGUCACUCCUACCGAUUAUGACUUAGGGUUCUAUUAUUCAAUUUGCUAUUCUAGCUUUUCCAUUACUUGUGGCUGCUCCCUUGAGCUCUUUCUCCUACCACUUCCACACCUAGCAAUUGGCUUCUGUCACUGACCCAUCCACACGCGGCCCGGGACGACUGAGCGUAGUAGGGCUCUAUUCCGCCAGGGAAGCUGUAUACCCAUGUCGAACCAUGCCUCUCCCUUCCUGUAACAGACCUGAAACUGAUAUUGAUUAAUGCAAAAUGCCUGAUAAAACGCUCUCUUGCGCUUUGGGAGUUUAAGGCACAAAGAGCACACAUAGUAUACGUACAGGAAACCCACUUUAAAGAAGGCUCUUCCCCAGAACUGACCAAUCACAUUUACUCCAUGGGUUAUUACAGGAACAACCCACAGGGCAAAUAAAAGGGCACCACUAUCCUCAUCCACAAAUCCAUCCCCUUUCACCAUUGCGCGACGCUUGUAGGCCAAGAUGGGCGUUACAUUUUCCUCAAGGGAUACAGAUACACGUUUGCCAAUAUUUACGCACCAAACUCACGGCAACGCCGGUUCAUGAAGGCCACAUUGAAACAACUCAUGACCUUUGCGGAGGGCAUCCUGAUUUUGGGGGGUGAACUUAACAUUGCCUUACACCCUCAAUCAGACACUUCAAUAUGCACAUCGACAGUCCCAAAACAUGUACUCCAGACGAUCAGGAAUCUCUACGACUCACAGACUCCUGCAGGGCUUUACACCCAGAUUACUCACACUAUUCUAUACCCCACUGGACUAUUUCUUUGUGCCUUACUAUUUCCUCCACGCGGUAUGCAAGCCCGAUUACUGCCCAAUGACCUGGUCCGACCAUGCCCCACUCUCGGUGAGCCUGACGUCCCCGCUCUCCAGACCCAAGACAAUCAACUGGAAACUGAAUGAGACGCUCCUUGAGAAUCCACUGGUCUCGCAGGAUGCACACACUGCCCUGAUGGACUAUUUAUCUGACAACACGACUCCUGAGGUUUCUGCCCCGACUGUUUGGGAAGCACACAAGUACACCAUUAAGGGAUUCUUCAUGGAACAGGUAGCCAGGAUCAAACGGGAAAGGGAGGAGAAGGUGCGCAAGCUUACCGAGGACAUUCAAAGAUUGGAGCUCCUGCACAAGUCCCGGACGAUCCUGAACACCUUUCAGGACCUGGCCGCAUUACGACGUGAACUGUAAACCCACAAUAAAGCGCAUUUCUGUCUACAGAGCGACAAAUGCAGCAGACUGCUUACCUGAAUGAUCAACAAACAGAAAUCGAAGUCCUACAUAGUCCACUUACGGGAGGACAGAGGCUUGCCACACAAACCAUGGCAGCUAACAUUGCCCUGAUCCUUAAAGAGGGCAAGGAUCUGGAGCAGUGUGCCAGUUACUGGCCCAUCUCGUUACUAAAUUGUGAUCUAAAAUUGUUCGCAAAGAUCCCGGCCACUAGAUUGAAUCCAUACUUACCCAGGCUCGUGAAGUCUGAUCAAGUGGGUUUCGUCCCCCAUCUGGAAGCAAGAGACAACACAACACGUGUCAUCUCCCUGAUAUACCAGGCUCAUAUAAAUGACGAGAGCCUUCUCCUACUAUCCACAGAUGCAGAGAAGGCCUUUGAUAGAGUGGGCUGGAACUUCCUCUUUCAGACAUUAUGGUUUAUUGGACUGCGCCCGCACAUGUACGCCUGGAUGGCAGCCCUUUAUGACAAACCGACGGCAAGGGUCUGCAUUAACGAGGCUUACACCGAGCCUUUCCGGAUCAGAAAUGGCACAUGCCAAGGCUGUCCGCUGUCGCCGCUGCUGUUUGCCAUGGUUCUUGAACCACUCCUGCACACAGUGAGAUGAAAACUCAGAGAUCAGGGGGGUUUGGGCUUGGGCUGGCAAACAUAAAAUAGCUGCAUACGCAGAUAACUUGAUAUUUUUCAUGACCUCCCCCGAGACUAUGCUGCUAAACAUCAUGCGGGAAUUUGACCUUUACGGGGACACUCCAACUUAAAAAUAAAUUAUUAUAAAUCGAAAAAAAAAAAAAUAUAUAUAUAUAUAUAUAUAUAUACGGAAAUCUGGCACUCUACCUUAAAAUCAGCUUCUGUAAUGACCUCGGUGCUGCACAGCGUAAAUAGAUAUGGAAAAUGAUGAAGAGAGCACUCCAGAGGAUAUUUUCAAUCAAACUUUAUAUAUAGUAAAGGGGAUCAACGUUUCGACCCAGGAGGUCUUUGUCAAGAUAUAUAUACACACACAAAAAGGAGGUGGAAUAGGUAGUGCUGUGUAAUAUUAACGUUUAGAUUGGAAGUAGGUUUUAGCUGCUGUACACACUCUGUGGGUACUCCUUACACCCCACCACAUAUAAGUAUUCACCAAGACAAAAAAACUUAGGAUCUAAUAGGUGUUUCCACCUCUCAGACCUUCAGUUUUUAGAGUGCAGCGCUAUAUCCGAAUGAGAGGUGAGUGAAUUCCUCUCCAAAGUGUAUCAAACACUUACCCUCUAUGUAACACUUAGUAUAUGGUGUACAUACAAAGGAAACAGAAACAAAUAUACAAAUAAUUGUGCAGUAUAUUAAGUAGUGUCCCAAAAGGUUUUGUGAGUUGUGCAUAUAAAUAAACUCACAUUUUUUAGAGCCUUUUCCAGUUAUAAGGCUCUAAACUUCCAGGCGACUGUGUCUUUAAGGGUAGAUCACACGACCCCUUUCUCAAAGGAAAAGUGUGUGUGUUCCUUUCCACAUCAUAUGUAAUAGACACAGAUAAUACAAUCUAAGUGCAGUAUCUUAGAUAGUGAUGGUAAAUGCAGGUAAAAUAGUAAGUGUUCACCUUGUUUAGAGCCUUUUGGUAACUGGCUCCAAGUGUAUAGGCCUAGUGUCAAGUUGUGGGGUGACACUACCCCUUCCCUGGAAUCACUUGUGCAGGAUGCAGUCGGAAGUAUAAAAAUCUAAAUUUAUUACAGAAAAAAGAACUAUAAAAAAAUGAUAUUCUAGAAAACAAAAACAAUAGGCGCAUAUAAAAACAAUACUAAUUUAUUUAGUGGUCUAUAAUAUAGGUCCCACUUGUAGCCAACUAUAAUAUAGAUCCCACUUGUAUCUAAAUUGAAUCUGCUCAACGUCUCCAUGCCUGCUACCAAAGCCGCUGGAGUGCACAAAAACUUCCAAUUCCAAUGGACGGAGAGAGCCGUGAGGUACCUGGGUGUCUGGAUCACGAAAGGUCUCUCCCAGCUAUAUGCAACAAACUUAACACCACUACUGACCACGAUCUGGAAGAACCUGGCGGACUGGACAUUACCACAUAUCUCCUGGUUGGGACGCAUCACAGUGGUGAAGAUGAACAUCUUACCAUGCGUAUUCUACCUAUUCUAGACGUGGCCUAUCCGGAUCCCGACCGCAUACUUCACAUCUCUCCGAUCGUUAAUGAUAAAUUACAUAUGAGCCUUACGAAGGCCUUGGCUGUGAUACCAGAUGCUGACAAAACAAAAAACAGAGGAGGGGUUGGCAGUUCCCGACUUUCUUUUAUACUACCAUGAAACCCACCUGCAGAGGGUACCGGAGUGGGCAAAGGACGGGGUGGUUAAGCCAUGGUGGUGGUGGAAGGGCUGAACGGGCAGCUGCCUAACCUGGACACGUUGAGCAAUCCCAGACGGGCGGGCCCUUGACAGCACUGAUCUGGAUGAACCCCAAGGCGGGUACGAUGAAAUCGGGCCAGCAACCAUGUGUUAGGGCUAUUUUGGAGAUAUGGCAUAGUAUAUCACCUAGAUUGAGGGGUUCCUGUCCCCUCUAUACCCUAUCACUAACAAGCCCGGGAAUGGAGGGUUGACACAUGCUUCUUUUCUCAUGGUCAGGUUCAAGUUCGUCAUAUGCUCAGGGGACAUGAGAUCAAGACACUGAAGGGAACCAUGGGGACCUUCCUACAUACACCCGGGAGUGGACGGUUGACACAUGCUUCUUUCCUCAUGGUCAAGUUCAAGUUCGUCAUAUGCUCAGGGGACAUGAGCUCAAGACACUGGAGGGAACCAUGGGGAUACCCAAGCGACACCCCUGCAUUAUUGGUUAGGGAAAUGACGUGACUGACAUUUGGAUACAACCACCUUUUUAUACCCUUGAAAGCAAGUUCACCCGAACGUGGCAUCACUCUUGUUUAAGUAAGAAUGCUAAGCUUGUACAAUUCGCUUCAUAAUUGAAUUGCGGACCUUGGAGUCCUUACUUAUCUUUAUGUUUUAUGUUUAUUUGGCCAUGCGUGGCUGUCUGAUUUUAAAUGUAAUUAAUGGAAAAAUGGUUUCUCUGAAUUUCUGCAAAAACUGCACCUGUCCUACUUUGAACACAGAGACCGAUUAAAAAAAAAAAAAAAAAAAAACACAUAGACACUUUGGUUUUAAAUACUGUAAGACAUUAAUACAUUUUCAGACAAAUAUUUGGUAAAACAAAAUACAACAAUUUCAGUUUCACUAUGAUGUAUAUUAAUAUUGAACGGGGAGCAGCCACUUGGCCGAUUCAUGAUAAUGAAAGGCAAUUCAUUUAACAACCUCUGUUACUCAAAUGAUUAAAGGAGAUACGACCUUAAUCUAAUGUCUGGUGUUAUCUCUAUCCAGAGAUCAAGUCCUCGGUGAUGAUGGGUCGAGCUGGUGCCAUCCAGGCAGCUGUGUCUCUGGAGCUAAAUAGCGACGUCAUCACCAGCUUCGAUGUGGUGGUGGAAGGGCUGAACGGGCAGCUGCCUAAUCUGGACAUGGUGAACCUUUUCCACGCCUUCUGUCAGAAGAGCACUCUGCUCUGCACCAUCCAGGGCAAGGUAAUUGUGUCAGUCGUGACUGCUUACUCCUCCUUGCUCUUCACUCUCUUUCAUACUGCUCUGCAGUCAGUGGUAGCCUCCUUCAGGGAUACCUGACACAACUACACAGCUUUCUAUCACUCAUUAAUCUGACUUGGACAUACAGCGAGUAGGAUCAUUUCACUGUCCUGUAUGUGACAUUCAUAUAAUCCUGUUUCGUCCUCUUCAUGUGACAUUGAUCUACUCUGCUUCCCUUUAUGUACAGCUGCAGCGCAGUGACUAUGACACCUUCCAGGGGUAUGUUCACAACCUGCAGACCAUGCUGCUUAUGGUGCUGAAGCAGGGCUCUGGCCGGCCGCAGGGGGAUCACGGCCUCUUCCUGCGAUACCACAUUGAGGCCAUCACCCUACGUGGAGUCAACAGUUUUCGUCAGUACAAAUAUGACUUGAACGUUGUGGGAAAGUGAGUAUUUGCCUUCUUUUACUGCAAGUUAUCUGUUCAUUGUUUCCCAGACUUUCAAGCAAAUAAUGACUUUCGUCUAUUUCAAUCCCCCAAUCAAGAAGAUGAUUAACACAUGUAUAGAGGUAGUUGGCUUUGUUUUAAUUUCCUUAUAAUAAAAAUUCAUGGGUCUCACUAAGCACCAUCGCUCACUGCAGAGCUGUUGUUUUUUUUACAUUACAUUCCUAUUUCUGAGUCUCCUGCACUGAGCAAGGUAUGUCUUAAAACUGCGGCAGGUAUAAAGGUUUCCCUAACUAGUGCUGACAAAAGGUGGUCCCACGUGCUCCCCGUGGUUUAGGAGAAUGCUGUAUACAGUCCCAUUCACAGAGCUGCAAGGAGAAGGAAAGAUAAGCAUAUUUCAGAAAUGUCUUCCAUACCCGAAAAAGCUCAUAUUGAUAUCAAGCAAUCAGCAGUAAUCCUCACAGUAUGAAAUUCCUGCAUGUGCUUUAAUGCAUUUUAAAUCUCAAAGUUUACCUUGCUUAAUAUGGAUGCUCUAAGUUGGCUUUUGCCAAGAAAAUAAAUUCUGCAGAAUUUAGUUACACAACUUUAGCUUUUAUGUCCAAUUGACACAAGUAAAGGGAAUGAAACCGAAUGAACCAUCACUGCUUCUCUCUGCAAAACAGGGUUUCACCAAAUGCUUGUCAUUGAAAAGCAGCGAAUUAUAAUGCUCUCUUGUCGUCACAUUGUGUGUGUGUUGGUGUUCUUCAUUGACUGGCUGAAAAUUGUUCAGCCGUUUACUUGUUGCUGCCAAAUGGACACGACUCUGCAGAGAGGAAUCUAUAAUUAGUAUUAUUAUUUUUUUGCAUAUUUUUAUUCUGCAAAAUACAUAAAUCAUUGUCAAUAUAGUGUGGAUGGUAGGGGGACAUCUAGGACAUUAUCCCUGGAAAUAAAUACUCACCAGAUGGUAGGAUAUUUGUUUCACAUGGUUCUGACAUGUGUCUGCCACUUGUGGGCCGUUAAAGGGACACUAUAUGCACCCAGACCACUUCGGCUCAUUGAAGUGGUCUGGGUGCAGUGUCCCUAUUGCACUUAGUGCUGCAAUUUUAAACAUUGCCGUUCUAGUAAAACUGCAAUGUUUACAUUGCAGCACUAAGUCUGUCUCCAGAGGCUGUCUACCAGACGUCCUCACGCUCUGCAUGAGGACAUCCAGCGUCAGCUAUUUCCCCGUAUGAAAGCAUGUUGGAAGAGACAGGGCUGCAAACCAGCACCGUGGGACAUUGGUGCUGGGGUCAGGUAAGUAAAUUAAGGGUUUUUAACCCUUUUUUCCCACCGCGGGGAGGGGUGCGAGGGAGGAGGGAGGCAGAGAGAGCUAUAAUGCCAGGAAUACAGCUUUGUAUUCAUGUCACUAUAGUAUCCCUUUAAGCUGGCAGACCAUCUGGGAAAGGAGCUGUAGAAUUGUUGAAAUUUUAGAUUUUCCAUUUGGUGCUAGAUGAGCCUUUUUUAUCUUAAAUUGGAAGAAUUCCUUGAUAGAAACAGUGUAUCUUCCCCUCCUCCCAGUAAACCAGUUAUUCUGUUUAAUAAUGCAGCAGAGGUAGAUAAAAUACACUCCCUCCGAAGCACUUCCGUUUUCAGGAUGACUUUUCUGCUCCAUAAUCCUUUUACAGAGAAGUACGGUACCGGCACAUGUACGUUGGAGCAAUCCUUCUGUAGUGCUGUUUACAUACAAAUAUCAGAUAUUUGUAUUCGCAGGACUGACCAUAGCUGACACCAAUAUUGAGUUCAUGCAGAGAUACAUUUUAACACAACAGUAAAUUAGAAAUCGUUCAUAAUUUGCCAUUUUAUGAGAAAGGCUGCCCUCUCAUUCUUGCUCCAUUCUCAGUCUUGGCUCCAUCUUUGUGGCAUUAUUAGGGACAUGUUUUGAAGCUGAACUUAACCACAUAUAAUUUGCGUACUUUCCUUGGAGUUACACCUAACUUGUUUAAAGCAACUGAUCUGUUUUUAUUCUUUUUUUUUUUUUUUUUUCCUCUCCAGGACCAUUGAAGGGAUGUACCGCAAACUGAACAACCUCUCAGAGCGUUUACACCAGUCGUACUUCUUUUAUCUGCUGCCUUCCCUUUCGCGUUUUGUGUCUAUUGGCAUCUACAUGCCAGCCAUUGGCUUCCUCAUCCUAAUUCUCAUCCUCAGAAUAUCCUUUGAUCCUUCUGUAAUAAUAUGCUUGUUAUUUAAGCUCUUAAAUUGAUCCCAUACUGGGCAUUAGUUCUCUAGGAUCUGCUUCUAUCUGCUGUCUUACUGGCAUGUUAACGGUACGUGAGAGUUGGACUGACUGACAGAGCAGCUACCUGGCCCGGACUAUGGUCUAGUGCAGGGGUAGGCAACCUACAGCACUAGUGCCAUGCACGGCACUCGAGGCUGAUAGAGCCAAACGCACUCUGGCUUAUCAGGAGUUCCAGUGAAACUUUAGAUAUCUGCUAAUAUGAAGAGGUGGUGAAGGACAAACCUCAAUUUAUGCAUUGCAGCACAUAGAUCACUUCCUCCCAGUACUUGUGAAUGGGAAUCCACACUGUAGUAGAGCAGCCGUCGACAGCUAUUGCAGCUCCUGUCCUUGACCUGUGCCUGGCCAGCCUGGUCCCCACUGGAACCCAGGGAACCCACCCACACUGCUAGAUAUACACAGAAAUGUAGAAUAACCCUCCCCUCAUACAAAUAAUAUGAACAGCCCACAAACGCAACACCACUAACAAUAUACAUACAUGCACACAACCCCACAUGCAAUACCCCAAACAGCCCCCACACACUACCAAACACACAAUGUGACAUAUCCAUCCACACACAAUUCCACAAGCAGCCCUCAUACACAGCCCACAUUAAUAUGUAUCAUACACGAUACCAUAAACUACUAAUUAACAUAUACAAUAUAAUAGCUGAUAUACGCACAAAUAGAAUGAUACAAAGCAAUUACAGUAAAAAUAACAAGCAGAAUACGGCACCAUACACACCUCAAUUUAAAAAAAUAGGAUCGGCACGCUACGUGACAUCACAAUCCUAUAUCGGCACAGUGCUGCUAAAAGGUUGCCUACCCUUGGUCUAGUGAAUGGGCGGGAGUAAAAUUCACGCCUUCAGAGUGAUCGCUAUGCUAGAUUUCGAUUUCUGUUUCUCUUAAAGUAGAAAUGCUACUUAUGACUGGGGUGAGUUAAGUAAAACAUGGAGAACAGUUUGUAGGAGAUCUGAUCUUGAGGCUUGGGUUAAAUGGCAGUAAUUGUCCUCCUAUUUAAAGGGACACUCCAAGCGGCUUGAGAACUUAUAUGCAUAGUAAAACUUACCUUAGCUUGCUCGGUGCACAUGCUGUGAAGUAUCCGUAAGGCAGAUCAUUCAGCUACCAUAUGUUUCCUUGCACAAUAACGCGUGCAGAACACUCACAUCUGCUUGCCUAAAUGCUUUAAAUACAUUUAUUUUUUAAUAAAGGAUCAUUGCAAUGCAUAUUUCACAGUUACAAAACAAUCCAGCCUGCAGUACACCUUCCAUUACUACAUUUGGUAAAUUCACAGCAACCAUGCUACAUGUACCCUGCAGUAGGGGUGGUAAUACCAAAAUACUAGUAUGUCAUGUGAGCUAUUGCAUUCUCUUUAACUAUUAUAUUACUCCUUGGAUCUAUGGAUUAAGCUGAGCCGUUCCGGAGCAGUGACAGAAGAUGGAACGGCAGAAGGAGAAGAUCAGGUGUGAAUUUGUUUGGGAAGUGACUUGUGAAUGACUUGAAAUCGCAAGGGCUGAUGUGUUUUAAAUGCUAAAUGUGCAAGCCAAAUUAUGCUUAAACACUCAGGUUUCUUGUAUAUUUAUUCUCCUUAAUCUUUUCCAUGCAGGUGGCUACCUGGUGACAGUAUCUGCUUAAAGUCACCAAAACAACCUUAUAAUAAGUGUAUACAUCAUGCCUCUGAAGUCUCACCGCUCAAUUCUCUGCCAUUUAGGAGUUAAAUCACUUUGUUUCUGUUUAUGCAGCCCUAGCCACACCUCCCCUGGCUAUGACUGACACAGCCUGCAUGAAAAAUAAUGGUUUCACUUUCAAACAGAUCAUACUUACUUUAAAAGCUUUUAUUUCCUACUCUAUAAAUUGAACUUUAAUUAUAUACAGGAGGCUUCUGCAGGGCCUGGCAAGUUUUUAACAGAGCAGGCGAUGAUACAUUUUACAGAAUUUGCAGUAAAGUAGGUGGAAACAUUAGAUGACUCUUUACAGGAAGUGUUUAGGAAGGCUGUGCAAGUCACAUGCAGGGAGGUGUGACUAGGGUUCAUAAACAAAGGGAUGUAACUCCUAAAUGGCAGAGAGGCUGCAGGGGCAUGUUCUAUACACCAAAACUGCUUCAUUAAGCUAAAGUUGUUUUGGUGACUAAAGUGUCCCUUUAAGUACAAAAAUUAGAGAAGGGCACUGCAGUCAGAAAAACACGGCCUUUAUUGUAACAUCAGGAUAUUUCACAAAAUUUCAGCUUCAAGCCAUAGCCAAAUGAUUUGUCUGGUUUACCCUGAUGCUGUGAUAAAAGCUGCCCUUUUCCAUUUGAAGUAGUGCCUCUUUUUCUUUCUUGGAUACUUAACAGACUGGAAGAAAUGUCAUGUCCUUCUUACCUUGUGUCUUUGACCUGGUUUUGUGAUGUUUUAUAGAGCUCUAAACCUGGGUUUCUGUCCCUUGCCACACCUGUUGUUAUCUGCCAUGCCACGGGACUGAGCCUCUAUUACCUCCCAACUCUGAGUCAAGAGAUGGCCACGGACCACUUUCCAGUGUCUGAAUCAGAGGCUGUUGUGCUCAUUAGCAUUGCUAUAUAUGUAGCCGGACUGGCCCUGCCACACAAUACCCACAGGUACUAAUGUAGAGCUAUUAAAACUGGUCAUGGGCACUAGUGCUACCCUCUGUAGUAAUGGCGGUGGGCUGGUACAAUCAAUACACCAUACAGAAUAUGACACCGUACCGGGAACUACCAGGUCCAUUGCCACUCAUUGUAGAGAUCUACAGACCAACAAUGUUGCAUAGGUGUUACCACUCCCCAUUCAUACCUAUGGUACACACUGUAUUGACAAUACCCAGGCUGCGAUAAUGCUAGGAUCACCCACUGUAUGGAUUUGUAACACCACCUUUGUUAGCAAGGCCUCUUUGGCACUUCAUUCUACCACAAUGUCACCCUUUCGGUCUAAGUGCACCCACACAUAUUAUAUAUCAUUUUUUUAAAGGAUAAGUAGGUCCUUCUUUUGAUACCCUAUAUGUAUAUAUAACACAGUAUUAAAUAUCAAUAUAAUAUUAAAAAAGAACAAAAUUGAAAAAGAAACUGUUUUCUCAAUUUUACGUUUUAUUUCUACACUAAAAGAAAACUAAUGAAAUGUGUUCCCAGCUGACAGAGGGACACCUCGGAUAUCCAAUGAUGGCUGAGGAUCCCUGGUACUAGCAGGGAUUAAACAAUGCUGGUACUUUUAAUGCAUGACCGUCUAUGCCAGUGUUUCCCAACUGGGGGUUUCACGAUGUUGAUUCGCUAUGUCAAAGGGUUCCACGGUAAAAAUUAAUUGGGAACCUCUGGUCUAUGCCAUCAACAGGAUUUAACGCCCUGCACAGAAUGUUAUACGGUUCUUUACAUCUAGGACAGACACUGCACUGACAAACACUAAUUAAAUUUACUGUAUCCGUGAAUGCCUAAAAUACUAUUUAUGUGGUAUUCAUAGAUGCACUGAGUGAGUAUAAUAUUCAUACUGGUGUAUGUUCUGUUUAUACUCACCGAUUAUAAGUACUGACUGGAUGUGAUUGCAUUUAUAUUCCUGAUUUGUAGUGCCUGAGUAUUCCAUUCAUACAUGUGAUGGAAUACAAGUAUCUUUUUUUUAUCAUACUUGGCAUGGGCCUUGUCAGAGUAUUUUAUCCACACACACAUAUACUGCUAUGUGAGUGAUGUGUUUAUUAAGCCUUAACUGAUCUCCUGUGGUCUUUCCUUCACAGGGCUCUAACCGGGGCUGCAUCAGACCAGGGCUGGAUGACAUUGAAGCUUAUUUCUCUCUUGUACUUGGCUGUUCAGCUGGGCUGUAUUGCUUUGAUUAAUUUCUCACUGGGUUUCAUAUUGGCUCUUACUAUAGUCCCUGUGGCAGCUAUUGUCCAACCUACAGGUCCCAAGUAAGUGCAUUCAUUUACUACCAUGAAUCAAUUUAAAAUGUAUAGUAAGUGCUUAUCUACUUUCAGGAACUAAGUGUAAAUGGAUAGUGUGCCCAUCUGUUACCAGGAACCCAAUGUAAAUGAUUGGUGUGCCCGUCUGUGACCAGGAUCCCAAUGUAAAUAGGUAGUGUGCCCACCUGUUACCAGGAACCCAAUGUAAAUGAUUAGUGUGCCCACCUGUUACCAGGAUCCCAAUGUAAAUAGUUUGCCCGUCUGUUGUCAGGAUCCCAAUGUAAAUGAUUAGUAUGCCCACCUGCUACCAGUGUGCCCGUCUGUUAUCAGGAAUCCAAUGUAAAUAAUUAGUGUGCCCACCUGUUACCAGGAACCCAAUGUAAAUAGUGUGCCCGUCUGUUACAAGGAUCCCAAUGUAAAAGAUUAAUGUGCCCACCUGUUAUCAGGAUCCCAAUGUAAAUAGAAAUUGUGCCCACCUAUUACCAGGAUCCCAAUGUAAAUAGAUAGUGUCCCCGUCUGUUACCAGGAACCCAAUGUAAAUAGUGUGCCCGUCUGUUACAUGGAUCCCAAUGUAAAUGAUUAGUGUGCCCACCUGUUACCAGGAUCCCAAUGUAAAUAGAUAGUGUGCCCGUCUGUUACCUGGAACCCAAUGUAAAUGGAUAGUGUGCCGUCUGUUACCAGGAACCCAAUGUAAAUAGAUAGUGUGCCCGUCUGUUAUCAGGAUCCCAAUGUAAAUCGAUAGUGUGCCUGUCUGUUAUCAGGAUCCCAAUGUAAAUAGAUAGUGUGCCCGUCUGUUAUCAGGAUCCCAAUGUAAAUAGAUAGUGUGCCGUCUGUUACCAGGAUCCCAAUGUAAAUAGUGUGCCGUCUGUUACCAGGAACCCAAUGUAAAUAGAUAGUGUGCCCGUCUGUUAACAGGAUACCAAUGUAAAUAGAUAGUGUGCCAAUCUGUUACCAGGAACCCAAUGUAAAUAGUGUGCCCUUGUGUUGUCAAGAUCCCAAUGUAAAUAGUGUGCCCGUCUGUUAUCAGGAUCCCAAUGUAAAUUGAUAGUGUGCCCGUCUGUUAUCAGGAUCCCAAUGUAAAUAGAUAGUGUGCCCGUCUGUUAUCAGGAUCCCAAUGUAAAUAGCUGCUCUCAGAAAUAAUGGGAUAGUGUUUGAUGAAAAUAACAUUGAUCUGAUGGAGAAAUUGUGUGUUACUGAUUUAGGAACGUUCAUGUUAGCAUUCAGCUACUGUAAUAAAGUUACCUGUGAAAAUAAAUAGCCUACAAAUAUUGUUCUUUAGUGAUCUUUUUAUGUGUGAGGAAGUAACACAAGUCAAAGAUUGAAGGUUUUCCUAGACGUUUAUUAUACUGUAUUUUUUAAUAGGCAUGUUUACUCAAUCUAGAUCACAAUGCAGUAUGUAAAUACCAAAUGUAUCAUCUGGUGUUCAUUUCAGGUUCCUACACGCAACUCUUCUUGUCCUGGUCACACCAGCGAUCACCCUUCUAGGAAGCAUCUUCCUGUAUCGAGAGCUCAUUGAGUACCCAGUCACGGUGCUCGAAUGCUGGCAGAUUUUCCUUCAGGCUAUAGCCGGGGGCAUGCUUGAUCAUUACCUCUAUGGAUCCUUACUUUUCCCAUUUAUUUCCUUCUUCGUGUACCCUUGCUGGCUGCAGUUAUGGAAUGUAGUCUUCUGGAAAUAAAAUCAAAGCACAUGGUGUCCUUCAAAACCCUUCAUUUCUCAGAUUGGGUAUGGUAAACCAUAGCUGAGACGUCCUCCCGCCUGGAUGAGAAGAAGCAAGGUUUUUGCAGCUUUCAUGUCUCAUGGUUUCUGACACAACAGAGUUCCCUCUAAAGUCACAUCUGAUGGAGAUCAGCCUCAGGAAGAACUGGAUUUGGUUAUGUGGAGAGGUGAAGGAACAAUCGUGUUAAGGAUGAGGAGAGCUGGGUGUUGAUUGCAUGGGAUUUUUUGCCUGAAUGUUUUGUUUUUUUAUUCUGAGAAAGAGCAUUUGAGAUUAUUCACUAAGACCUGUUUGCCAUGAAACAUUCUUUGAUGAUAAAUCAAAAUCAGCAAAUGGACAGAAGAAUGUAAUUGUUGAUUCAUCGGCCCCUCUGGUUAAAUUAUUUUUUCCCUCGUAUUUAAAAUCACUUGGAAAAAUUAACUUAACUGCUUGAUCUCCAAACACUUUAUUUGACAAAAAAAAUAAACAAUACUUUUUUUUGUAGCCUUUA